AUGGCAUCCAACACUCUCUUCCGAUUAUCACUCCCCGCAACAGCAACAACUUUCUCUGUCGGCUUCUUAGGUCUUGGUGCCUUUCACUUCCUUACGCCCGUUCAGAUCUGUGGAUUCUUCGGUUUGCCAUGUCCUUCCUUUAAGCUCCCAACGCAUGUUACUGUGAUGGGAAAAGAUUGCCACGAUGAACAAGUAGACCCAGCGGCUCUUCCGUUCAUCUAUGCAAACGGAGGGCGGGAGCUGAUGUUGAGCAUUGCUUUCGGGAUCAUGGGGUUGCAGCACAACCGAGAAGGGGAUGAGUGCUUUGAUGUAUGGGGUAUCUAUCCCGGUCGACUUCCCAAGGCUGAAGAGCGACCGAAACCCAAAGAGCAAGAAGGUGACGCACACGGUGGUCGCCAGCGAUGGUGCCUUAGAUGCGAAGCUUACAAACCGCCUCGUGCUCACCACUGCAAGACUUGUAAAAGAUGCAUUCCCAAAAUGGAUCAUCAUUGCCCCUGGACCUCGAACUGCGUCUCGCAUUUUACCCUCCCACAUUUCAUGCGGUUUUUGUUUUAUGCAACUGUUGGAAUGUUCUACCUGGAGACUCUUCUUUGGCAGCGUGCCUCAUUUGUAUGGAAGAACAGCCACAUGCCAAGCUAUCUCGGCCCGACAUUGGGGCAGCUCAUCCACUUGUUUGUACUGCUUGUGGUAAAUACCCUCACAGCUUUCGCUCUCUUUGUCCUCCUGCUUAGGAGUAUAUGGGCGAUUGCAUCUAACACAACCACCAUUGAAACUUGGGAAAUCGAGAGACAUGCUACUCUUGUCCGCCGAGCCCGUGUGCUGGGCGGGUAUCUUGAGGGUCCUGGGGGAAUUCGCGUUCGCAUAAAAAAGCAGGAAUACCCCUACGACAUUGGGAUUUGGGCCAACAUUAAGCAAAGUAUGGGCGGGAGCGCGAAUUUUAUAAGCUGGUUCUGGCCUCUGGCCGCAACACCUGAUCGUCGGUCUGGCUGGGAAUUCGAGACCAAUGACUUUGAGGAUCCUGGCGUGUCAUGGCCACCGCCAGACCCAGAUCGAAUCCCGAUGCCGGCCAGUGCAAGGCCACCAAGCAAUGUCAGCAUGCCUACAUACGCAACUAUUCAGGACGAGAUUGAUGCCUUCAACCGUCGGAAACAGGAAGACAUGAAGCGAUUCCAGCAAAGCUCGGGUCUACAACGUCGCAAGCCAUUUCACGAUCGGUACAAGAAAGGCGACUACGCUCAAAGAGAUAGCGAGGAGUCCGAAUCUGACUCUGAGGGGUACUCGGACGAGGGAGAAGAGUCCUGGCGAAACGCCGAAGGAGAACGACUACGCGACUUCGGUGUGGAUGAGGAAGCAGAAUUCUAUGAUGAGGAAGACAUCCCUCUUGGUGUUCUCAUUGAGCGACGAAAGCAGCAGCAAUCUGCUAACUAA